AUGGUAGUCCCAAGAAAUGCAAACCUAACAGAAGGGGAUUGGUUCUUAGAUUUGCAGAAACACCCCCCUGAGGUUAUGGGCGAGGGUGGUGACAUCUGCGAAGUACCAACCAUCGAGAUCUCGAAACGUCGCAGAGCAAGGCCGCCACCUUCUCGAUUCCUCCUCGUCAUACCGAUCUCGGUAACAGUCCAAGAUUGCCGAUCCGAGAAGCUCAACCAAGCCCGGGGACGUUUGACCCAGCACCUCUCCGACGCACCCAGACAGGUUUUCUCCUACGACCUCGGAUUCCCCGACUCAGAUAUGUCUGCUUCGAGAAACCCAUCCGCUCGGCCUCCUGGCAAAUCCCACGGUGGAUCAUGA